CAGGCAGAUUGAAAGCAUCGCCAAGCAAACUUCCUGCUUCACCUUUAAUGAGGUACUACCUAGAGUUUCCUUAGCAAUUUUAAUUAGGAUAUAUCUCCUUAUUGUCAUGCUCCCCCAGGUAUCACUCUGAGGGACCCUUCACUCUGGACAAGAGCGUCAACACAAGCUACACCAUGGGUGAGAUCAGCCAAGCUGCUGUAGAGAGAUACCUAGAGGAGAACCCUCGCUUUGCCAAGGAGUACUUUGACAAACGGCUGCGGGUGGAGGCAUUGGGGGAGGUCUUCAAGAACAGCUGGCCAGGGGUCCAGGCCAGCAUGAUGCAGGUGGAGGAGUCAGCCCUGUGCCUGGAGUUGCUCCAAUGUGUGCAGGAUGAGGCCGAUGGUGCUGAGCAGGCAGCUCACAGGACCCUGCAGAAGCUGGCCCAGUUCCUGCAGGCUGACCGCUGUAGCAUGUUCAUAUGCCGAGCAAGAAAUGGCAUUCCUGAGGUGGCCUCCAGGCUUCUGGAUGUCACCCCAACUUCCAAGUUUGAGGACAACCUCGUGGUCCCUGACAGAGAAGUCGUGUUUCCACUGGACAUUGGAAUAGUUGGCUGGGUUGCUCACACAAAGAAAACCCUCAAUGUCCCAGAUGUGAAAAAGAACAGCCAUUUUUCUGACUUCAUGGACAAGCAAACUGGGUAUGUCACGAGAAACUUACUGGCAACCCCAAUUGUGAUGGGCAAGGAGGUCCUUGCUGUGAUCAUGGCAGUGAACAAAGUCAGUGCUCCUGAGUUUUCCAAACAGGAUGAGGAGGUCUUUUCCAAGUACCUCAGCUUUGUUUCUGUCACCCUAAAGCUACAGCACACCAGCUACCUGUACAGUGUGGAGUCCCGGAGAAGCCAGAUCCUCAUGUGGUCUGCCAAUAAAGUGUUUGAAGAGCUCACAGAUGUCGAGCGACAAUUUCACAAAGCACUGUACACAGUCAGAACAUAUCUGAACUGUGAACGGUACUCCAUUGGACUGCUGGACAUGACCAAAGAGAAGGAAUUCUAUGAUGAAUGGCCAAUCAAGCUUGGAGAAGUUGAACCUUAUAAAGGACCUAAGACACCAGAUGGAAGGGAAAUUGUCUUUUAUAAAGUAAUUGACUACAUUUUACAUGGAAAAGAAGAGAUCAAAGUGAUUCCGUCACCUCCUGCAGACCACUGGACAUUUAUUAGUGGAUUGCCAACAUACGUUGCUGAAAAUGGAUUUAUCUGUAACAUGCUGAAUGCCCCUGCAGACGAGUACUUCACAUUUCAGAAAGGACCAGUAGAUGAAACCGGCUGGGUCAUUAAAAACGUCUUGUCCCUGCCUAUUGUCAAUAAGAAAGAAGACAUUGUGGGAGUCGCUACAUUUUAUAACAGAAAGGACGGAAAAGCCUUUGAUGAACAUGAUGAGCACAUUACUGAGACUCUAACCCAGUUUCUUGGAUGGUCUCUCUUAAAUACUGACACCUAUGAGAAAGUGAAUAAGCUGGAAAACAGAAAGGAUAUUGCUCAGGAAAUGCUCAUGAACCAUACAAAAGCUACCCAGGAUGAAAUUGAGUCUAUUUUGAAAUUUAAAGAGAAGUUAAAUGUAGGUGUAAUUGAAGACUGUGAAGAAAGACAGCUUCUCACCUUGCUGAAAGAGGACUUGCCAGAUCCCAAAACAGCAGACCUAUAUGAAUUCCGGUUCAGCGACUUACCUGUCACAGAGCAUGAAUUGAUUAAAUGUGGACUACGGCUGUUUUUAGAGCUAAAUGUGGUGGAGAAAUUCAAAGUACCUGUAGAGGUUCUUACCAGAUGGAUGUACACAGUGCGGAAAGGGUACCGCUCAGUCACCUACCACAACUGGCGGCAUGGAUUCAAUGUGGGGCAGACCAUGUUUACUUUGCUGAUGACAGGGCGACUGAAGAAAUACUAUACAGACCUUGAAGCUUUUGCCAUGCUCGCUGCUGCUUUCUGCCAUGACAUUGACCACAGAGGCACCAAUAAUUUGUACCAAAUGAAGUCCACGUCUUCACUAGCAAAGCUUCAUGGGACUUCCAUUUUGGAGAGACACCACCUGGAAUACAGUAAGACUCUCUUGCAGGAUGAGAGUUUAAACAUCUUCCAGAACCUCAGUAAGAGGCAGUUUGAAACAGUGAUUCAUUUGUUUGAGGUUGCAAUAAUAGCAACUGACCUGGCACUGCAUUUCAAGAAGAGAACCGUGUUUCAAAAAAUUGUUGAUGCCUGUGAACAGAUGCAAAGCGAAGAAGAAGCCAUCAAAUAUGUAACUGCUGACCCAACCAAAAAAGAGGUUAUCAUGGCCAUGAUGAUGACUGCUUGUGACUUGUCUGCCAUCACUAAGCCCUGGGAGGUCCAAAGUCAGGUAGCCCUUCUGGUUGCAAAUGAAUUCUGGGAACAAGGAGAUCUGGAAAGAACAGUGCUGCAGCAGCAACCUAUUCCUAUGAUGGACAGAAACAAAAAAGAUGAGCUCCCCAAACUUCAAGUUGGAUUUAUUGAUUUCGUUUGCACUUUUGUAUAUAAGGAAUUCUCACGGUUUCACAAAGAAAUCACACCCAUGCUGAGCGGCCUUCAGAGUAACAGAGUGGAAUGGAAAUCCCUGGCUGAUGACUACGAUGCGAAGGUAAAGGUGAUGGAAGAGGAGGUGGAAAAGCAGGGGGACGGAGCCAUGGAUGGAAAAGCUGCUACAGAUUUAGGACGUGGAGUCGAAGACAAAAAGUCUAAAACAUGUUUAAUGUUAUAAUAUAAUCCAAUUGGUCUAUAUUUCAACUAUCAUCAUAGUUUUUAAGAAAAAAAAAUUCAGCCGG